GUGUCUCAGUCCAAAGCAAAGCCGGAUUUUCUCCCGAUAUACGACGACGUGAGAAAACUUUUGUGUGACGCAUAUGUGCCGAUUUUUCACAAUCAACUUUCUCAACAAAAAAUAAAAUAUUCUUAAUAUGAAUUGAAUUAUCAAUUUUUUUUUAACAAAAAGUUGAUGAAACGAGGAAUAAUCUUUAAAAAAAAGAAUUGACAAAAUUCAUGUGUUAAAACUAUAAAGUUUCAAGUGCCGAAAACGAUAAUACAUAGCGGACGAAAAAAAUUAUUUUUUUAGCUCCUCCUGUCAUCGAAAAAGUGUUUCGCCUUGAAAAACAAUAUUAAUUAGAUUUUUAUUUUGUAAUUACAAUUACGAAUAAAGAAAAUUUGAAUUUUCAGUGAAAAUUCAUAUUACAUAUUCAGUGAAAAAAAAAAAAAAAAAGUGGGAAAAAUAAUUUCACGUGAACAAUCCAAAUUUGUGUAUGUGUGUAAGGUGUAUUUGUGUGUGAGUUAAAAAAAAAUCAUGUGUGAAAAGUGUGACCUUCGUGAAAGAAAAAAAUUUUUCCUUGAAAAUUCAUGAAAUUCUAAACAUUAUUUUGAAGAGGAUUGAAAUAAUUAUUUGUUUUUUUUUUCAAAUACUUUAUAAGUGAUAUACAAGUGUUUAUUUGUUCUUCGAAGAAAAUGAACGGAUUCAGUACCGGAGAAGAAGAUUCCAGAGGAGCGGCGGAUCAAAUUUGUUGUUUGAUUGACGAGGGCGAAAGAUGUUCGCGACCAGCAGGAAAUGCUUCAUACAGCAAACGCAUUCAAAAAACCGUCACUCAACGAAGAUUGAAACUCAACAUCGAUCCAAUGGCUCGUCAUAUUUACAUUUGUGAAUAUCACAAAUUAGUAAUUCAAAAUGCAAGGACGAAGCAACAACAGCAGAGAAGGCGGAAAGACUCGGAGGAUGAUUCCGGGGAAACAGACAACGAUCAACCGGAAGUUAAUCUUUUUCAACUGCAAUUUGGAACUUUGAAGCGAUAUAAGCGACAUUUCAAAAUUCCAACGAAACCCGGAAUCAAUAAAAAUCAACUUGCUGAUACUCUUAUGAAGCACUUCAAAACAAUUCCAAUUGUUGAAAAAGAAGCGUUGAGUUUCUUCUUUUAUGCUGUGAAGACAAAUGCAAAUAAACUCGAUCAAAAAAAUGGAUUGAACAGUGAUACAACGUAGCCGAAAUUUCCAUUUGUGAAAUCAAUUAAUGUUAACACAUAAUUUUACUCCCGACAAUUAUACAUAUAGAUAUAUAUAGCUUUUGUUUGUCAAUGAAAUUAUACAAGACGUCCUACGUAACAAUCGUGCGACUACAAUGAAAAAAAAAAAAAAUUCCCCCUCCUAAAAAUUAAAAAAAAAAAAAAAAACAUCGAGAGAGAUGAAAAAAUAGACUGAAAAAAAUUCGAUCAAAUGUAAUUAUUUAAGAAUAUACUCGCGAAAUGUAUUUAACUUCAAUUUUCGUAAAAUAUUUCCUUAUUAGAAAUUUUCAAAUUUUUUACAAUUGCAUAAAAAAAAUUAACUUUUUUUCUAUUUAUUUUUUUUUUUAAAGUUCUUUUUCUAUUUCUAAAUAUAUUUUUCGAUUUAAAAAAAAAAGUUCUUUUUAACUUUUUCUAUUUAAAUACAAGUUUUUUAUAUUCUUUUUUCAUCAUUUUUAUUCUUGCGUAAAACAAAUUUUUUUUCAUUCAAAUUUUAGUUGAAAAAUUGUUUUUAUUGGAGUUAAAUACACAAAAAAAGGGUGAAAUUUUCCUAAAUAAAAAUUUUAGGAAAAAGAAAAACUUUACGUUAUUUGAAAGAAAUGAAAAAAAAAAAUUAAAACUCUAUUUUUACAUUCUCUUAUGUUUGAGAAUCUCGAAUUGUAUGAUUGUGGAAUGAGUGAAUGAAAAAAGAAAUUUGUUUUCUCAGUUACGUUAGUGACGUCCGUUUUUUUUUUUUUUUGUAAAAGAAAUUUUUUUAUUUGUAAAAUAAUAAUAUUAUAACUUACUUAGAAGCAAAAACAAAAAAAAUAUAUAUAAAUAGAUAUAUUUGUAGAAAUUUA